AUGGUUUUAAAUGCGCGGGGCUGGAGGGCGGGGGGUGGCGCGAGGGGCAUCGCUUCUGCGCAGGCGCGGGGCACCCCCUGGGGGCCGGGGGUCGUUGCGGGUGUCGGGGGCGCCGGGGGGUGGCCCUGGGGGGUGCUGGCGGAGAGCGACGCGAGCGAUGCAGUGGCUGAGACCGAGGGGGCCGGCGACGGCGCGUCCACGUCAUUCUGCAACGAUCCAACUGCUGAGCCGCCCGCUAUAACACCGGGACCAGGCAGAGGGUCGGGGGGUGGAGGGAUCGGUGGAGCG